AGGAGGGAGGCCGGCCCCCUAGUAGGAAAUGAGGCAGAGUAGGAAUAACACUUUAAAAGCCUGACACCCUCUUCCUCCUCCCAUCCCUUGAUCCCUUGGCCUGCUUCCAUCCUCCUCUGCUCAGCCUCUGCCCCUCCCAGAUGGUCCUCACUUCUCUUUUCCCCAGGCUGCAGCUCACCGAGCCUGGAGCCUGCCUGAGCCAGGAGCCUGGGUCCCUCAGCCUCAGGAUGUUGACAACUUUGCUGCCGCUACUGCUCCUGCCCAGCUGGGUCCUUUGUAGCCAGGAAGCCUUAGAUGGCCCGCAGAGCUUCCACAUGCUCCAGAUCUCCUACUUCCGCGACCCCUAUCACGUGUGGUACCAGGGCAACGCGUCGCUGGGGGGGCAUCUGACGCACGUGCUGGAAGGCCCAGACACCAAUGCCACAAUCCUGCAGCUGCAGCCCUUGCAGGAGCCCGCGAGCUGGGCGCGCACGGAGAGCAGCCUGAAGUUAUACCUGCGCCAGUUCCACGGGCUCGUGCGGCUGGUGCACCAGGAGCGGCGCGUGGCCUUUCCUCUGACCAUCCGCUGCUUCCUGGGCUGUGAGCUGCCUGCUGAGGGCUCUCGAGCCCACGUCUUCUUCCAAGUGGCUGUGAAUGAGAGCUCCUUUGUGAGCUUCCGGCCAGAGACAGCCUUGUGGGAGGCAGACACCCAGGCACCCUCCAAAGUGGUCACCUACACCCUGCAGCAGCUCAACACCUACAAUCGUACUCGGUAUGAACUGCUGGAAUUCCUGCAGGACACCUGUGUGCAGUAUGUGCAGAACCACAUGGCCAUGAAAAACAUGAAAGGGAGCCAAACAGACCGCUCCUACACUUCGCUGGUCCUGGGCGUCCUGGUGGGCAGUUUCAUCAUCGCUGCUGUGGCUGUAGGCAUCUUCCUGUGCACGGGUGGACGGCGAUGUUAAUUACUCUCCAGCCCCCUCUGGGAGUGGGCUGGAUUGAUGGGGGCUGGUAAAGGAAGGUUUCAGCUCACUGUGAAGCCAGAUUCUCCUGCUGGGACACCAUAUCCCAGAAGGUUUGGAGUGACAGCUCCUUUCUUCUCCCAGGUGUGCCCACCAAGGGUUUGAGGGAGGGGAGGUAGAGAGGCUAGGUGGACAAGGUACUUGGUCUGCUAAGGACCUAAGAACUUGCAUGCUUUCUGAAUUGGUCUGAGAAGUGAAUCCUUAUCUGUCUUUGUGAAAAACAGAUGAUGGAAUCGGGGCAGGUGGUCCAUCCUCCAAAGACAGACAGAAUCACCUGAGGCAUUCAAAACACAUAACCAAGUAAAACAAGUCAUCUACAA